UAAUUUCCGGCUAAAAUGAUCCACUCCAGCCCUGUAAGGCUGGGGCAAAUGCAAAUUGUGCACCCUCAAAUCAAUAUAGGGUUCAGAUAUCUUCAGGAGAAGGUGUAAGAGCCUUCUGAAAUAAAAAGCGGGGAUUUUUAUCAGCGUGUCGUCCACAGCCAAUCAACCGAAUGGCCUGACAGCGCACACGUUACCCCGGAAAUAGUUAGCUUACGACUGUUUGAAUUUAACACAGUGCACAACGGUUCAUAGAUACACAAACCAGGCAAUUAUGCUUUCAAACUGUUACAGAUGUCAACUUUGCACUUUGAGAUUAUUUUACAAUGUAGCUAAUUAGCGACAGCAACAGCAAUUCAAGGAUGACUUCGUUUUCAGCGAACCCGUACUCAGGGUCAAACGCCUCAUGCAGGAGUCUGCCAGGAGAAGGGAGUCAGGUUCAGCCUAAAGCUCCACUCCUGCAGAUUCUGCGAGAGGCAGGUGCCCAGGAGGACGUGUUUACUCUGAAGGAGGUUAUGCACUAUCUGGGCCAGUACAUCAUGGCAAAGCAGCUGUAUGAUAAGCAACGGCAACACAUAGUCCACUGUCAGGAUGACCCUCUGGGAGAGCUGUUAGAAGUGGACAGCUUUUCUGUGAAAAACCCCAGCCCCGUCUAUGAGAUGCUGAAGAAGAACUUAUUUGUCCUGAACUGUGCUGAUGCAGCAAAGAAUCUUUCUGUGGGCAAGGAUUCUAGUGAGAGCGCGAGCGACGAUCCUGGUCAGGUCCCCAGCAGCUUGUGUAGACUGGGUCUGGGCCUCGGGGUGUUCGGAGCCGCUGCUGCCGCUGGCUGUCCCUUGCAGACCACCUCCCAACGCAGACCACGCGAAAUGGAUGAAGACUCAUUAGAUGGCCUGCCAAGAUCAGCGUGUAAAAGGCCAAAGCUUGACGUCUCAUUGGAUGAGUGGGACUUGUCUGGGCUGCCCUGGUGGUUUCUGGGUAAUCUCCGUAGCAACUACUCUCGUAAGAGCAAUGGCUCCACCGACAUUCACACUAACCAAAUCUCUCCUGGGCAGGAGGAGGACACGGCCAUCGUGUCGGACACCACGGACGACCUGUGGUUCCUGAACGAGGCAGAGAGCGAGCAAGUAAGCGUGGAGAUGAAGGAGGCGGCGCUGGAGCAAGGCAGCGACGCAGAGUCUCCCCCUGAAGACGAGGAGGGCAAUAAUACCAGUGCCACCAAGGACAAAGAGAUGUCGGAGGAAUUAGAUGAAGACUCUCAGUGUUUGAGUGACGACACAGAUACAGAGAUAUCCAUACAGGACGCCUGGCAGUGCACAGAGUGCCGUAAGUUCAACACGCCUCUGCAGAGGUACUGCGUGCGCUGCUGGGCCAUGCAAAAAGACUGGUACCGAGGUUGCCCCCGCCUCGCACACUCCCUGUCCGUCCCUGACAUCCCAGCAUGCAGUGGCCGCCCACUCAAAUGCCCUGGCAACCAGGGGCAGGAUGACGAGGAAGACGACGACGACGAUGACGAGGAAGGUUUGGACGUGCCAGACUGCAUGAGGACCAUCUCUGACCCGGUCAUCUUACCUUCUCAUGUGGCGGCGCGGGAUUGCCCCCGACCCUCGUCGUCAAAGGGCAAGGGUCCCCGCCGACUGCCCCCAUCGGCCGAGGCUCUGUUCCGAGAAGGGGGCGAGAGCUCGGAGGGCGACAGCCAGGACACGCUGCUGGACGAGGAGAUGGCGGCGACGUGCCAGAAAGACCUGCUGGAGCCGUGCAAGCUGUGCCGCGUACGGCCACGCAACGGCAACAUCAUCCACGGCCGCACCGCGCACAUGCUCACCUGCUUUCCCUGUGCCCGCAAGCUGCACAAGUUCCACGCCCCCUGCCCUGGCUGCGGGCAGAUCAUCCAGAAGGUCAUCAAGACCUUCAUCGCCUGAUUACAGGCUGUUUUCUGGUUAGAUCGGCUUGUGUGGAUUUGGGCCUGUUAAGAGCCAGGUCUGGGUAAGAUCCAGGCCAGAUCCUUUCUGUUAUCAGCUGCUGUCUGACCUUAAGAAGGUACCAUACAAGCAUUUAACUAUUAAGUCCGUUUAAGCAUUUGCCAUAAAAGCAUUUGGUGCAUGUGGUGUCCGCAGCACGUAAUGAAUGAAAAUAAAGUAAGUAUAUAAAUGAAAGUAGUACUCCAGCUAAUGAGGGAGACCAGAUAAUGUCCUUUAUAUCCUCACAGGUAUAUGGGACAUGCGUUUAAAUAACAACAGAAGUAUUUAUUUAUCUAUUUAUUUUGGAGGGGCGAUAUAAAAAAAUAUUCUCAGACUGGUAUUUGUCUUGAAGUAUCAACUCAAGUAACAUGAACUAAUGCAGUGUGUACAUAUACUUAAAAAAGAAAACAAUAUAUGUGAAGCUGUAAAGUAGAUCUGCUAAAAGUACAUAGAAUGUUCUCUUGAGAAUAAGAUGGCUGCCCUGUGUUGUUCUGUGACCUCCGACCUAUCCCCUCUGUUAGGUCUCUUGUUAGCUGGCGGUGGAGCCGCAAAUAUCCUCUAUCUGAACUGUAGGUGUGCCACACCUGCUAUCUGGCUCAUGCUGGAUUCCCAUCAGGCCUUGCACCCCCCCUCCUUUGCCUUUGACUAGCCCGCUUUGCCUUUUAACUUCUAGGUAGCCUGUGUCUCACACUUCAGCCUUCACUUGUAUAAAUGGAAACACUUGUCCUUGCCUCUGCAUCUUUUAUGAAGUGUGUGUAUGUAAAGAAUAUAAAUAUACGAUAUAUAAGAGGAGGUGUAAUAGGGUGGUCAGCGUAGUGAGGUUUCUGCUUGUUGUGUGGAUGUGCCCUCUCUAUCCAGUGCCUCUUCAAACAGCCUCCUCUUUACAGAAGUGAAGUGUGUUUGCUGCUUGUUAGCAGCCCUUGCGGUGCUCAACAACUCUCUCUCUCUCUCUCUCUCUCUCUCUCCAUGUGCUGUUGUUUGUGUUCCUCUGUUAUUAUUCUAGGUCUUCCUGAGUUAAUGAGUUCAGAAUCAGAUAUGCUCUAUCGUAUUAAUUGCAAUUGCAACAACCAGCACACAGGCUGGCUGUGCAGGUUUGUUCUGACUUGUAUUUCAUUGUUGUGGUGCCUCACAUGUAGAUGAAGGGGAUGUUGUGAACUGAUUUCCCUAAAUAAUGAUUCUUGUAUUAUUAAUUUAUUGAAUUUUUAUGAUGUUCUAUUUACUGUACAAAUUGAGUUCAGUUUUCAGUUUCAGUUCAUUUGUAAUUGUUGGGGAACGUUUUGACCAAAUUCUGAAUUUGUUAAUGGUGUUGGAGCUGUUUGCAUGGGGUGGGAACAUGUUAUGACUGCUAACAGAGGUGCCUUGUCCUAUGAAGAAGUCCAGGCUGAUGCAGCUCUCCCCCCUCACAGUAAGAGGGCCCCAGUGAAUGUUAGUGACCUGUAAAAUGUCACCAUGAAGAAUCAUAAAAAGCCUCUGGAGAAUUCUGGGUUGCCAGGUCUCCGGCAUUAUUCCCUCAGUGGCCUGUGGUCAGUGUUAGGGCCCAGUUGUUAAAUCCCUUAGGAGUCCUGUAGGGAAUAGGUCAGUGCAUUGCCAGAUCUUUGGAGUGUUCUUCCCCUCACUGAUUGUGUUGUGAAGGGUCUGCUUCCCUUGUGUGUGUGUGGAGCUUUGAGAGGAUCACACCCUCAUAGGCACUGAUGCUUGAAGGGAGGCAGCAGGAGGCAUCAAAAACCAUUUGGGCGCACACACACACACACACACAUAGAUGCUCAUUUAUACAGAAACACACACAGAAAAAUGUGUUUGGUCUUAUCUUUGGGCUUCUCUUUGCAAAUGUGCAUACACACACACUUAACACUCAAACACAGAGAAAGACUGUUAUUUCUGUCAGAAUUUAAAUCUGCUUUUCGGGCAGGCUUUUCUUAACUGUCUGGGUGAUUAUCAUUCCUUCAGCAAAUCUCUAGAUGAGGGAAAGACGACUGCGCACUCUGCAUGCCUGCAUUUUUGGAUUCAUUGUUGUAAAUCCUUUGUGUUUGUGUGUUUUUGUUUUUGUGUUGUUUUGGAGUUAUGAGUGAUUUGUUGAUGUGGUUUAGGCACUUACAAUGUUGAGUGUUUGUGUUUGAAUAUGGCCUGACUCUUAAGGCCUCUCCCUGUGAAGUGGACUCAGUACUUAGCACCAUUAGCAUGAGAGCGCACAAAUAAAACCCCAUUUCCACAUGGCUGAAGACGCUGGGUCACAUCUGAACUGGAUAGCGUGAAUGUGCCAGAACUGGCCCAGAUCAGCGCCUGAACAAGAGGCCUUCUGGGUAAUGGCACUGUGGAUCUACCGUGGUGUGUAGCCACCAUAGACUGUAUUAAGAUAUUUAUAUAGUCAUUCGUUGGCCCAUCAAGCUUCAAGCGCCCACUGUUUAUACUUGAUUGCAAAGGCACCAUCUCUCCACUUGUCUUUGCAGAAGCCCAACAAUUGUGUUUUGUUUUGGUGUGAUUGUUGAGUGCUCCACUACAACUGCAUUACAACAAAAGCUUUUAUUUGAUAUGGUGUUUUGAGUGUGAUGUGGUGUUCUGGCCACCUGGUGGCGCUUGUAGACUUGUAGUCCCUCUCUGCUAAGGCUGAUAAGGCAUAAUUUGUAUAAACUACAUGUAUUAAUAUCGCUGACUUGUACUCCCCAGGAGAUUGCUCUUCCACUUAUGUUGGCUGCUACAGGUGCCGCCAUUUUAUUUUGUUUUAAUUUGCUAAAGUCACUGCCAUGAACAAUGUGUUCGUUUUUGUUUAUUACUUUAUUAUUUUAUUGAUUCUACAUUAUAGAUUGUUUAUACAUUCAUGUACAUGGAAAUUAUAUGUGGAUGUUAAAUAAACUAAGAUCAAAUCA